GCUUUCCCAAUCUCUUCGGCUCCUCCCACCCCAUUGUUUUAUCGAUUCCUGACUUCGCAGUUCCAGCCUCCGAAAUAAUAACCAUGCAACCGCUAAGAAAGAUUCCGGGUCGCAUACGGGAAGGCUACAGAUUUCGGCCAACGGAUGUGCACUUAGUAGACUUUCUUAUGUCUUUUGCCCAUGGGAAACCAGUUCCUCCAACAGGUCCCAUAAAGUUGAAGGAUGUGAGCUGCGGAAUAGAACCAUGGCAGAUUUUCGAGAACUCAAGACAAAGAACUUUGUACUUCUUUACACUACCUAAUAAAUGCCUUUCGAAAAACAGUAGUUCCCCUAUCAAAGGGAGAUGGACUACUCAAGGCAAAGGCAAACCUAUUUACAGAUUCAAUAUCAAAGAUCCGUCUCAACUUAUCGGAUACAAGCGAAUCUUGAGAUACCGAAAUAAAAACUUACCACAACAUGAUGGGGCAUAUAUGAUGACAGAAUACUCCCUCGCUGAGGAGAUCAAAGCCAAGCUUAAACCAUCAUUGAAAGAUUUCGUUGUCUGUCAAAUCAAACGGAAACGGGUUGCUAGACUGGGAGUCAUUCAAAAUAUCAUCUCUGAGACGCCUUCCGGAGUCGUUGAAUUGCAGCCCAAACUCGAUCACCUGCUGUCCAGUUUUGAUGAGAUGCAGCUGGAUGCAGGGCAUGCAACGACCGCCAUUGUUCAUGAAGGCCAGAAUCAAUGAAUGAGUUGCGUGCCAUUCAGAAUCUAUGAGUUGCAGUAAAGAUAAAGAAAGAAUUCGGAGUUUUUGCUUAUCGUAUAUAUGAAUCUACUAUGAAAAACUUCCAAGAACGUACGGCUAUAGUUUCAACUAUUUAUUGCUUUCUAUUUAUGCAUUUAUUAUAUUAUAGAUACUUACAAGGGUAUGAAAUUAUGAAUAUAUUCCUUUAGAUGUACUCCGUAAUUUAAAAUGGGAAUUAAAAGUUCCACGUCCACCUGACUAAUAUCAAA